UCAUCAUCGUCGAGUGAAGACACUACGGAUCAGGAACGGAGUUUUCAUUCUUUCGUAGUCGUUUUGUGAUGCGCGACGUUUCUGGUUCUUGAUUUCUCUUCGCUUGCUUCGAUUGUGCGGUUUCUUACACGUUCGCUCGUUCAUUUGCCGUGCAGACGAGAUCACUUCUCAGUUGGCCAAGAUUUUGUGCAGUUGCCGCCACUCUGCUCGGCUCGGGUGUUGGCAUGGAGACAAGUGCAUCGAGCGAUUCGGCUUACUUUGUUCCACUGGAACUUCCAUCCAGAUGUGUGCGGUCUUGUUAAGUGACAGUGACACGGUGCUGGUAAAUUACUAUAACGGAAAUUCAAUUAUAUCAAAACAAAUAGUGGGCCAGAUUUGAAACGGAAAGUGACCACAAACCAAAACAAAAGCAAUAACAAACACAACGUACAAUAAGCAUAAAUUUUCAUCAAAGUGAAAAGCGGCGCUCUCUGUUCUGCCCGAACGGUGAUUAAGGAAGACACAAACGAGCGGUUUGGAUUAAAAGAAGAAAAAAUAAGAAAAGAUCAAAAGGUGUCGGCAGUUUGUGUUUGGUGUGGGUGGUUUUUGUAGUGAUUUUUCGGGAAUUAAUGAGAGAAAAAGAAUUGUUAUUAUAAUUGGAUCUGAAGUAUGCGUGCGUAGAAGCAACAAAAACAACGACUUGGAAAACAACAACAGACGCACGGUUUGGAGAUUUGAAAAACAAAAAAAAACGUUUAUACCGAGAAGCGUCGGUAAGGAAACGGUAGUUGAGGAUCGGUGAGAAACGACAAAAGCCAGAGAAGGAACGCGUGCCUCAAUUUCCUGGCAUCAGUUUGCCGGUAUUUUUUUUUACCGAAAAUUCAACGCAGUAGGCUGACAAGCAUCAUCAUCGAUAGCAACAAAACCUACACGCGCUGACAUUCACUGCUGAUUACGAAACCAACGGUACAACAGAAUAAUGGUUCAACAGUAGUAACGCGCCCUGCCCCAAUAGAAGAGGAAGCAUUCCCUAACCCGGUUCAGAUGGAUUUUCUCAAAGCGAUUAACAAUGGGCAGUACGAAGCGGUCCGAUUGGCUUUACAGCAGCAGCCUGAUGGUCUUUUGUUGGACAGUCAAGACGAUCGUACGGGCAAUGGUCCGUUGCACGUGGCCAUCGGAGCCAAGCGGAAUCGAACCAAGUUGAUUGAGCUGUUGAUUGGAGCCGGCGUCGAUUGUGACUUGGUUAAUCGAGAUGGUUUGGUGGCUUCGGAAAUGGCGCUGGCAGCUGGUAGCAGCAAUGUGGCCGAAUUUAUGAUGAGGAAGGAGUUUGAGGGAGUUCCAGACGAUCGAGCCGUUUAUCGGUUAAUACGUCGUGGAUCCGUCGAGCUGUUGCAGAUCUACUUGGAGAAACGAGCGUUCGAUAUUCACACGAAAAUGAAAGUCAUCCGCAGAGUGGUUGAUGAGCUGACCUUUAAAGGAGUUGUGAUUAAGGAUCGUAUGAAGGUUUUUCUGGAGUAUCAGCUGGUGGAAUACAGCUAUCGAUAUGGAUCGACUGGUGGCGGCGGUGGCGUGGCUUAUGCGGCUAAGAAGAAGUCAGAUGGCGGUGCUGCUUUGUUGGGUGAUGAAGAGGCUAAGAGGCGCAUUGAGCUGAUAUUGUGCUAUACCAAAUAUUUGAAGGAGAACUACGAUGCGAAUGAUUUGAACGAUCUGGAUGAUAAGUUUGUGCUGCGGUUGCGAGUGAUUUGUGAAUGUUGUCAUUUUUUGGAAGAGGCCGAGAAAAAACGCGAUCGAAAGCUGUUCAAGCAUAUACCCCUAGCAGAGAUAACCUAUUUGAUUGGAGUAUUUUUAGCCAUUCUGAAGCGGCACGUUGGGUUCGAAAUUUACAAGCUUGUUCUUAAUAAAGCGAUGAUUAUGUCGUACUUGGAGGCGGUGUGCGACGAACUUCGAUUGGCCAUGGAUGGCAGUGGAGGAGGAAGCAGACAAUUUCAAUGGACGGCCCAGCUGUUGUUGGAUCUCAUCGGCUGUGUUCGCGAGCAACGCUUGGCCAGAUAUGUUUCCAAGAGGAAGAGGCUGAACAAGGAGUUGACACGGCUAGUGACCGCCGCCGAAAGUGAUCUUGGGUGUGCCGAACGGGAGCUGGUAAUGAAUGAAAUUGGACGGAAGGAUUUCCAAGUGCUGCGAGAGGGCGUGUUGGAAUGGCCUGAUGACAGCAAAUGGUGUGUGGAAAAAUUUGUCGGCUAUCUUGGCAAAUGCGAGCAAAAGACAAUCGUACAACUUUGGCAACAGCAACAUCCGAAGCUCCGCCUCUCGAAGCGACAGGUGCACUUUGUGAUGGGACGCAAAGAGCUGGCUAAAAUCAGAUCGCGCACCAUCCGAGAGCUUAGUAAAAAUAAAAUGAAACUAAUCGAGAAGGAAAUUAACUUGCGAGAAUUUCAAUCUCUUGCCAAAUGUACGGCACGGAAAAAUCGUGUUAUCUUUCAACGGAUACGAAAGAGUUUCUGCCAGAUUCGGCAAAUGUGCACGAUCAAAAAGAUUGCCCAAUACAUUGAAAACGUCAUCGUAAUCGAUCUGGAUGACGUAGCAAAUGAGUCGCUUAGUGUUUUAGCAAUCAAACGUGUCCUGCACCUGAUUCAAGAAUCGAUUGUCAGUAGCAGCGAUCAUCAACAAUUUACUUUUGCCAAGAUGCUCGAUAAUAUACUCGAUCAUGUUCUCUUCCCAGUGGAAGAUUCUAUUAAAAAUCACGACGUCCGCGACUUCUUCUCGCAAAAAUAUUCCUUAGCGAAGUACUUUAUCAAUAAGGCACUCGACGUUAGUCAGUACAAAAUCAUUCAGAACAACCUUCGUUCGGUGUAUCGAUUCUUGCUGUACGUAAUCAACAUCCAGCUGAUAGAGGCCUACAAAACCUUCCUCGGCACGGCGUAUUGUUUCACCAACAUACAGCAGAUGAAAUCGUACGCAAAGUACAUAGGAGACCAUAAUCUGCACACGCUCACCCACAUCCGGUUCGAUCACGAGUUCUAUGAUGAACGGGAAACGGGAACCACGAUUGCAGAACUCAAACGUAUGUACACCGGAAUGGCCAACGAGCUAAAGCUGCUAUCGUUCAUCGAAAAGAACAUCCACUUUCGAUUCUAUCAUAUGCAGUAUCAUCAAACGCAGCUACGGGUCACGCUAGGAAAUUUCUCCGUUGUCUAUCGAGCAUUGCGAUCGAAUGGGUGCUACGAAGCUGUUCGAAAUUUACUGCACUCUUAUUUGAAACAAAGCUAUCAAAAAUAUGACGUAUCGAAAUCGAUCUCGAUUUCGGAUUCGGCGCUGGCGCUGAAGGAAUUGUUGAGGCCGUACAGUGGUGGAAUUGGCGAAAGUGAAGAAACGGCAGCGGUGGUGAAACAUCUCGAGCAGCUACAGCAACUGAUGGACCCGGACCGACUGUUUGGGAUCAAUCCGGUACGUGUGCGUAGAAAGAUAAGCGGCAAUGGAGGUGCUGACAAGUAUCAGCAAUUUACUCGAAAGAUUCUGAAAGAGUUGGAAGGGAACGGAGUGGAGUUUGAAGCGGCAGAUUACCACCAGCUGCACGAGAAGAUGAGGAAAACAUAUUAUGAAAAUAUCUUCCUGCUGCAGAAUCGCUACCGAGUUAUGCAGGAGUUUUUCCGACUGAAGGGCAUUGCGGUGGAUGCGAAAGUGUUGGCAGGUUAUCGAGAGCGAGAUGAAGAACUGCUGCAAGAACUUUAUGACUCGAAGAUCAACGAUAUGGUGGAGCUUUUGGAGAAGUUCGAUUGCGGAAGUGUCGAUCAACUGCUGGAACUGGCCGGAGGUGAGCUGCCUGCAUUUGUAAAUAUUGCGCUAGAGUUCUCUUUGAUGGAGGUUAUGGAAAUCCUAACGUCGGUGAACGUUUUGCAUUCGAUUGAUGAUAAGAAUGAUUAUGCGCCCACUCUGACGGGAAAAAGCUUAUUCAGCUACUUUGGAGAAGAUUCCUUACACCAGGAACUUUUUACAUUCAACUCGAGUGCGGUGACUGUAGUGCAUGCAUUGGUGUUCAAGCAUCACACUGUUAAGCUGUAUGAAAGGUGUUCUCAGUUGUCGGAUGGAACAUCAAUGGAAAUGGUUACGAAGUAUGGCGAAAGGCUUCAGCAGAGGUGGCAGUGGCUGGAAAUGCAGAACAUGCUUUUUGAUUCGGCACGAAAAGGUGAUUUGCAGCUGAUUAAGGAAUGUAUCGGUGAGGGAGCCGAUCUAAACGGUCAACGUUUUGGACCACUUCUUAACGAACUGUGCCAUUACAAUGUGGUUGAUUGUGCGAUCGUAGAAAAUUUAACUUGUAUGAUCGAUUUGUUGAAUGAAGACAUUGAAAAUAUCCCACAAAAGAGAAGAAUGUUCCUCGAAUACCUCCUGGUUCGAACGGUGAAAUCACACUUUUUGGCUGGGAAGUUUAGUGACCUUCUGGCGGAAAAUCGUAGAAUGUUGAUUCUGUUUUUGGCGAUGUUUAAUGGCGACGUUGAUCUGUUUCUCAAGAACGUGGAUAAAUACCAAGCCCGUGACGAUCUGCACAUGUUUGUAAACGAAGAUAACCACGAAUUUGUGACAAAAAUUAUGCGUCACAUCAAAAAUGAAGAGGCUGCUUUAGACGUUUCGUUAUUGCACAAAGUAGUAACGUCGGGAAAUAUAGAGGCAUUGAAGGUUUUGAUCACCGUGCCUGGAUUGAAUCUAAAUGCAACUAAUCCUAUGAAGUACACUGCACUGAACUUAGCUUGUAGACUCAACCUACAGGAAAUGGCUGUUAUUCUGGCAGGUUCGGGGGUUGACGUAAAUGUCAUGAGUGAGGACGAAAAACUGGCGGUAUUUUGGUUGAUCCAAUAUCAACAUUCAAGUACCGUAGUUGGCAUGGCAAUAGAUUCCAGAACAGAUCUUACCUCCUUCUCGACUGAGCUUUGUUUGCUACACAAAGCCAUUGAGUUCGACAACCUGGAUGUGGUAAAGUAUCUAAUCGAAUACCAUCAGGUUGAUCCAACAAGAAUUUACUCCAAUUGUAACAACCUAUUGCAUGCUGCAGCGAGCUUCAAUCGGACUCAAAUCUUGGACUAUCUACUGACUAUUCCAGGCAUCCGUAAAUUGUUGAACAACCCAAAUCUGGUCAAAAAUACCCCACUCAACAUCGCUUGUAAGGAAGGUCACAUGGAAGCUGCCAAGAAACUGCUCGAACAGGGUGUUUACAAGGACAUCUGUGGCGAGUACGGACUCAAUGCCCUAGCCUUUGCCAUGUACACAAACAGUUUUAAGCUAAUGAAGUUGCUUUUCCGAUAUGGUGCCAAAAUAAGUUACCCACUGAGUUCGGACUUUCAACCGAUUAACAUAGCCAUUCAAAACCGAAGCAUCCCGAUGUUGAAGUUUCUGUUGCGACGUGGCGUAGAUAUCGAAGGGGCGCCCAUGUGCUUUAUCAACGCUGUCCAAGCACGAUCGAAGGAUAUGAUCCGGAUAUUGGCUAAUGCAACCGGGGCUGUGAAGAACAUUAACUUCAAAGAUGAGUUCUGCCAAACGGCCCUACAUCUAAGCGUAGAACGAGAUGAGCUAGAAGUGGCACGAGAAUUGAUUCGUUGUGGUGCGGACAUCAAUGUGAAGAAUCGAUCAGGAACUACGCCACUCCAUCUGGCCGUGGCAAAGGGAAACACGCGCUUUGUUCAGCUACUCCUGGACAGUCGGCAGUGUUCGGUAGAUGAACUCAACUAUCAAGGUGAAACGUCACUUAUCAAAGCAGUUGUGUGCAAUAAUCUAGAAAUAGUAAAACUUCUUCUCAACAACGGCGCAAGCGUUGAGCGACUUCGCAACAGUGAACCCUCGGUCCUGCUGUAUCUGGUUCAGGAAAACUACGAAGAAAUCCUGGACUACCUGUUGCAGAAUUAUCACUUUGAUCCGAACGAGCGGGACAGUUACGGCAACUCGCUCCUGUAUGUGGCCACCCAGCACAAUCACUUCAACAUCGUUAAGCUACUGGUGGACAAAUACCAGGUGCGGGUUAAUCCGAUCAACCACAAAAAGCUGACGCCGCUGAUGAUCGCCCGGGCCAAGGAGUACAAGGAGAUCUUCAGCUUCCUGGAAUCGAAAGUGGGCCUUGUUAGCGAAGAAUAACUUACCUUAGGAUUGUGUUGCUAUUUUUGUUUGUUUUCUAGACUCUAGUUGGUUAAAAUUAUUUAUUGAAACUUUGUUUUAUCGGGCCUCUGCUCUUUUAUUUAUUACCCUCGAUUCACGAUAGAUUUAAAGGUGCCAUAUUUAUAGAAGUGUUUUCUUAGUUUGUAACUGCUCUACGCGUAUCUUUAGCCAAUCCAACCCCUAGCCCGAAUGUGAGAAAAUCAUCCUAGAUGAUCCAAAAAUUAAACCCAUCUAAUGAGUAGGAUGCACAAAAUAAUAAGGAUAAUGAUAAUUUAAAGAAAUCAUAAAUUUAAGAUCUUAAAAGUUGUGAUUUGAUGUAACUUUUUUGUACAAGGUGCACUGUAAAAAAAAAACAAGCUGCUUGAUCGUAGAAUAAUUCGUCUUAGAGGGUGUAAUGAUAGAAAAUCUAAUCGGUGUAAUUUUCCCAUCCUUGAGCAUCUACAUAGAAAACCCAUCCAACCAUUUUGUCCGGCACAUUCCAGUCGUCGAAUACAAAAUAAAAUCUCUUUGAAAAAAAAAUCUAAUAUACCACUCAACGUUCAAUCAAAAAACAUGCAUAGACAGAUUUAUUUUACUUAGAAAGAAGGAUAAUUUUGUGCCAGCUGGAUUUAAUCUCAAAUAAAAAAUGAAAAUUGUGCUAGUUUUAACAAUGUGAUUUUAAUAGUUUUCUUUCAUAGACAUAGCAAAAUAGUUUUGCAAACAGUGCCAAUCUCGUUUAAGUUUCUUUUCUUAAUAUCCGGUACAAAAUAGUUUAAAGAGAAGAACAAAUCACAAAACACACACACACGCCGAGAAGAAAUUCAACGGUCUGAAGUACCUUUUAUGUUUAACUCUAAUCACUUACUUUACUAGGGGAAAAUCUACAAGAAAUUUAUAGCUAUCCACAGUCGACAUAAGAUAAACUCACUCUUCACUUCAAUGCAUUACAUUGUACAAUGUACAUACAAACCUACAAAUGAAGCCAUAUGAUAAUUAUCAACAACCAGUUGCUCAUACAUGAAUAAUCGAACAAGGACAGGGGAGAGAAAUAAAAGCGUUAAUUCAACAUUUAGAAGAUGUAUCAUCAAGCAAAAAAAAAAGAAGCAUAAAAUCGAAGCGCUAUCACGUGUCAUCCCGUUCACUUGAUAUUAUUAUCAUAAUUAUUACUAUAAUUUCAACGGUACAAAUAAAAAUGUAUUUA